AUGCUUUUUUUGGGCAUAUUCUUAGCUAGCCUCUUGAUUGCUAUCGCUGCUGCAGAGAUUUGUCCUGAUGCAUCAGAAUGUAAGGGAGAAUGUUGUCGUAUGCAUGGCAAAGACAAUUAUAAGUGCUGCAAAUUUCCUUUUGCUUGUUAUCGGUCUGGUCAUCAUAAUGGUGCUGGAUAUUGUUUGCUAGGUUAUCCUAGUCAGGCUGUUAUCAAACCAGCACAAGACAUUGCUCCUACCGAAACAACAGGGAAAAGCGGAACAGCUAUUGAAGCAGGAGCUCAAGAAAUGAAUCCUCUCCAACAGCCUCAGAAUGCUCAAGGCAUGAUUUGUGUUUUCUGAAAAUUAGAAGCAAAGCAGAUUGAUUUGAAAUUCUGAAGAUUUGAAAUUUGAACGAAUUUUGAACUUAACUGUCUUUAUCGUAUAAUAUGCCAUAAUAAAUAAAG